AUGAUGUCGGAAGCUGCGCCCCCAAUCAUCGAUGCUCAAUUUAAAAAUUCUUUGGAAGGCCAGAGAGUGAUCAUCCCAAGUAUCUACAAAUUGGUACCGGAAUGGAAGCCAACUCUUCACGAGAAAUAUAAGCUUGCGCGGGAAGAAUCUCUCGACCCGUGGAUCAGAAGAUGGGUGGUAGACAAAGAUACAGCACGAGCUCUCUGUGCGGCCGAUUUUGGUCGUUUUGCUGCAGUAUGGGUCCCUAAUCAUCGACCAUAUGAGAUCCUCUGCUCUGCUUCAAAAUACUUUGCCUGGUACUUUGUAUUUGACGACAUCUUCGACUGCGGAUCCUUAAAGUAUAACCAGCUUGGGGCCCAGCGCUACCGAGAUGCGAGCCUGGAUUACUUCCGUUUCACCCUACUCGGGCAAGGAAUAAUGCCGGACCUAUCCUCCUUUGAUCUCCAGCUUCAAAAUGCAUUGCAUUGCUGGGAUGAAGUUGGCGAUCAUAUUCGAGGAAAUUGUUCCCAAGCGACUCGUGAAGUGCUUUGCACGGAGAUGCUUCGAUACGUCCAGAGUCUGAACAAUGUCGACAUCAUUUUCAAAGACAAUAAGUUGCCGUCCGUUGAGCAAUAUUGGGAGAGGCGUGAAGCCACCGCAGCUGCUCUGUGCGUGGUGGCCACCAUUCCAUUCGUUUACGGAAUGGACGUGGAGAAGUCAGUUUGUGACGGUCUUGUCAUGCGCAAACUUUGGAAACACUGCUCUUCAUUUGUACACAUAUCAAACGACAUGUUCUCCUUCCGCAAGGAAAUGAUGGACGACCAAUUCGAGAACCUGAUCCCUAUCUUGAUGCUCAACAACAAUCUCAGCUGCAAUGUUGCGAUGCAAGAGAGCUACGAGUUACUUCGUCAUGAAGUUGAAGGACUCCGUCACUCUCGGGCUCUCUUGACAAAUAGUAGCAAAGAAGUACCUGCCAAUAUUUCCGCCGCAUUCAUUCAAGGCUGCUACGACAUAGCUAUGGGGCUAGCGCAUUGGAGUUACUGCGGUGCACGAUACUUGAAAGACUGCGAUCGGGGCAAUGAGGACGUCAUCUCUUAUACGAUUCAGAAACGCUGCCGAGGAAAUUGCACCGUCAAGUCUUUUGACGAGCAAGACCAAGGCUUGCAACUUUCGAAGGCGGAAAUGUUUUCUAUGUCCAAUCACGUCCCUCCCUUCGCCUCGAAAGCUUAG